AUGGUAUCUCGCUGGGCCGACGAUGAAGAUGAUGCCGCCCUAGAAGCGCAACGCAAGCAAGAGAAGGAACAAAAGAAACGCGCAAAGGCUGAGAAGCAGCGCAAGCAAGAAGAAGCCGACCGACUACGACAACAACAACAACAAGCCGCAGAGUCUGAUGACAGACCAUCCAAGAGAAGACGACUCUCGCCUGCACAAGACUGGGAUCAACCGCGUCAACUUGUCCGCUUCCAUGCGCCAUCAUGGCAACCUGCUCGCACCAUCGACAGCUUCGAGCGACUGAACCACAUUGAAGAGGGCAGCUAUGGUUUCGUGUCACGAGCAAGGGAACUGGCUACGGGAGAUAUCGUCGCAAUCAAAAAGAUGAAGAUGGAGCCAGGCGCUGCACUGAAUGGCUUCCCUGUCACGGCUCUACGCGAAAUCCAAACACUAUCUGCCGCAAAACAUCGACACAUUGUCGAUCUGAGAGAGGUCGUAGUUGGUGAGAAGGGCAAUGUUGACGACAUCUUCCUGGUCAUGGACUUCCUGGAGCAUGAUCUUAAGACACUCAUGGAUGACAUGGAGGAGCCAUUCCUGCCCAGCGAGGUCAAGACGUUGAUGCUGCAGCUCGGCAGUGCCAUCGAGUUCUUGCACGAUAGGUGGAUCCUGCAUCGUGACUUGAAAACGUCAAACAUCCUCAUGAACAAUCGAGGAGAGAUCAAGAUUGCCGACUUUGGUAUGGCUCGCUUCUGCGGCGAUCCACCGCCAAAGAACCUCACUCAACUCGUCGUCACUCUCUGGUACCGAGCCCCAGAACUGCUUCUAGGUACUACAACAUACGACAGUAGUAUCGAUAUGUGGAGUGUUGGUUGCAUAUUCGGUGAACUUCUCACCAACGUACCACUGCUCCAAGGCAAGAACGAAGUAGAUGAGCUCAGCAAGAUUUUCGAGCUCUGCGGUGUGCCGACCGAUGCUUCAUGGCCCGGCUUCAAGCGCUUGCCCAACGCCCGCUCAUUACGGCUACCACGCAAUGCACAAACGACUGGCUCAGUGAUACGCUCGAAGUUCCCCUUCCUGACAAAAGCAGGCACCGAUCUGCUAUCUGCCUUGUUGUCUCUGAACCCAGCGAACAGGCCAUCGGCGAAGGAGCUUUUGGAACACAGUUACUUCACCGAAGACCCGCGGCCGAAGAGCACAGCCAUGUUCCCUACCUUCCCCAGUAAGGCUGGUCAAGAAAGAAGACGUAAACACAGGACACCCAACGCGCCUAUGCGUGGCGAGGGUGGUGCUGCUGCAUCAGAUUUUAGUGGACUGUUUGCAGGACGUGAUAAUGAGGAGAUUGGUGGUGGCUUCCAAUUGAAACUGGUAUAA